UGUAAUCAUCCGCUGUCAUGACCAGUACAAAACAAUGUCUCUGUCAAAAAAAAUAACAACCAUGAGUAAUAAAGCACGAUUGGAACAUAAAUUAUAUUUGGCAAGAGAAACUCCUGAACCUGUAUUUGAUAUUUCGGAAUGUUCAUUAAAACAGGUGCCAUCGGGAACUUAUUCAUUGUGCAAAGUGUUUCGAAAAAAGACACUUUUAUUAAAUAAUAACAAAUUAAGUUCACUUUCAGGUGGAGGUGCCUUAAGUGAUCUUUCACUUUUAACUGUUUUAGAUCUCAGUUCAAAUGAAUUAAAUAAUUUGCCUUCUGAUGUGAGAAAUCUCGUUUCUCUUGAGAAAUUAUAUCUUCAAGAUAACAAUUUAAAAAAAUUGCCAAAUGAAAUUGUGAAUUUAGGAAACUUAAAUAUAUUAAAUGUUUCAAAAAAUAAUUUAAAAGAAUUACCAGAAUUAAUAGGAGAACUGAGAAAGCUCACAAUUCUAAAUUUUAGUUUUAAUAAAGCCAUUAAAUGCCUACCAAAGUCUUUAGGUUACGCACAAAAAAUAAUACAAUUAGAAUUAGAUGGAUUAAAUCUUUUAUAUCCUCCAAAGGAUAUUAUCGAUGGUGGUGCAAUUGUGAUUAUAGCAUUUUUAUCAAUUGAAUGUGGUAUUGAAUAUAAUCCUGAGGAAAUAAUUGUUGAGACUGAGCAAAUAAAAAAUGUAAAUAGUGAACAAGUUAAAACUUUUUAUCAAAAUAAGGACAACGAUACUCAGGCAACUCUAAUUCUACUAGCAAAAGCAAAGGAACAAAGGCAAAGUGCACUUUUGGAAGUUGAAAGAAAUAUGAAAGAACAAAAAGAAUUGGAAUUGGGAUUACAAUCAAUGUUGAAAAAUAAUAAGAAAAAGCUUUUGGAAGAUCUUGUAUUACAACAAACACAAUUGGAACAAGAAAUUGUUAAGGUUCAACAAGAAAGAGAUCUCAAUAAAGCAAAAUUAAUUUCCCAUAUUUAUGACGCUGAAAAAGAGGCGGAUGCAGUGAUAAAACAAUUUCUUAAGACUAGUGAAGAAGAAAGACUUACUCAAGCAACAUUAACCGAGCAAGAAAAACGAGAAGAAAUUCAAUUGCUCAAUGCAAGUUGUUCACAGCAUUUACUUCGAACAAAAGAUACACUCAUUUCAAUGGAAGAACUUUUGGAAGAAGAAUUAAUUAGGGAAAAUAGACUAGCAGAAUAUGCAAAAUUUCGCGAUUAUACAGCUCGUUCUUUAUUAAGCAUUGAAGUGAAAAAUAACGAUAAUCUCAUGCAAAUUAUGAAAAAUCAAGAGCGAAAUAGACAGGACUUAAUCGAAAGAUUGAGAAAAGAUGAAGCAUUACAAAAAGCUGCCGUUGCUGCUUUAUUGGAACUCAGUGAUGCAAGAUCUUGGAGUAUAGUUCAACAAGUGAAUUUAGUUCAAUCACAACUUGCAACGCUGACAAAUAUUGAAUUGGAAAGAAGAAAACUCGAGAUGAAUCAACAGCUUAACGAUAUUGCUGACAAACGAGUGACAUUAAGUGCAAUACUUUUGGAUCUUUUGGAUCAACAAGAGAAACGAAGAGAAGAACUUUUGGAUACAAUCAAACAUAUUGAAGAAUAUCGAGACACAAAUCCGACGAGAAGAAGUAGUUUAUUCUGGUUAAUGCAAUAUCAAUCGCUAAUGGAAGCAAGACCUCAAGGAUUAUUGGAAACAUUGGAACCAACAUUAGUUCGACAUGUUGCAAUAGCAGGUGUUUUACAUUGUUUGCCAUUUUUAACAACUUUGCCAUCGAUGUUACCUUAUAUUGAUGACGAACAAUUGAAAGCAAUUGGAAUCAACAGUGACGCCGAUAGAUCAGCAAUUAAAUUAGCGGCGGAAAAUUAUUUGUCGGAGAAAAAAUUAAAUUCAAUAAAUGAAUCAAUAAUCAUUCCAUCGGCACCAAGAGAAGAUCUUCCUUCUGCUCCACCAGAAGAAAAACCAUGUACAAGUACAUCUAUCGAAGAAAAUUCCACACAACGAAUGAAUACAACAGAAUGUGUUGUUUGCAUGGAUUUACAAUGUGACGUAAUAUUCUUUCCCUGUGGACAUCUUUGCUGUUGCGCAAUUUGUACAGAAAUGAUAACAUCAGAAUGUCCAAUGUGUCGAUGUGAAAUAACUCGAAAAAUAAGGGUCAUUCAGCCUUAAAAAAAAAAAAAAAUUUCUUUUUCUUUUAAGAAAAAUUACUCCAAAAAAAAAGACGAUUUCAUAUAUUCAAAAAGUAGAAGCAUUUUUAAUCUUCAUGUAAAUAGAAAAGCUAGAGUAGAUUUGUAUUUUUCGAAAGUAAUUAAAAUUAAAUACCAAAAAAAUUUAUAGUAUCUUUUUUUUAAAAAAAAAGAUUAAUAGAAAAGUUUUUGUAUUUAGUAUUUUUUUAUCAGAAUUUUAAUUUUUUGUUAUUUAUAUUUCGAAAGUAGAUAAAAUCUAAUUCGGCGAAAUUUUAUUUUUAAAAUUAUUGUAGUGCCUCUUAUUAAAAAAAUUUAUAAAACAAACUAUAACAGUGAUAUAAUAUUGAAAACUAAAAAAUAAGGCUUAUGUGUAUUCAAUUUCAGUGCUUUUCAUAAAUUUUAUUUCACAAAUAAAAAAACGAAAUGUUAAACUAUUUAAAAAAAAAAAGGGCCUGAAAGUUAUUUUUUUUUUUUUCAAAGUUGCACAAAUCGCUUAUAAUGUAAGCCAAGUUAUUUAUAAAUUAACAUUUUUUAAAAAAAGACAAUUUGUAUCUUAUUCUAUAUACUUGUAAAUAUACAAUCAAAACAAAUAUUUGUAUUUUUAAUGUCUACAUUAAAC